AUGGAAACUCAUCUCUCAUCAUCAUCUCUCAUCAUCAUCUCUUUCAUGAUGUUCUUUCUGAUAAUAAAGGUGACGAACAUUUCCCCGUCCGCGCAGGACUCAGACCUGUCCGAUUUCUUCUCCACGGCUGGGGACAUCUCGAAAUUAGUCGUCAAAGACGGUCUGAACAACACGAAACGCGCGACGAUUGAUUUCAAGGAAAAAGAGGCAGUCUCCGCUGCGUUGUUGUUGAACGGGUGUUUACUGUUGAACCACGCGUUGUGCAUCGAGGAGAUUCAAUUUCCGAGCGAAGAGAUGGAGGAUUUGGAGGCGUUGAAGAAACGCGCGGAAGGAGGUUUAAACGCGGGGGAGUUGUCGAAAGGAGAGACCAUCGCGAGUGGCAUUUUGGCGAAAACGAUCACGUUUUCCAAGCAAGCCGGUCAAGCGAUCAAACAGUUCGACGAGCAGCAUAAAAUUUCCGAGACGGUGGUUUCGAAAACCAAUAGCGCGUACAAAAAUGUGGACGAGAAGUUAAAAUUGACGGAAACGACGGCGACGAUGAAGGUGAAGAUAUCCGAGGAAUCGCAAAAGUUAGACGAGAAAUUCAAAGUCUCCGCCACGGCUGGGGCGGCUGGGGAGGUGGUGAAAAACACGAGCACUGGCGUCGUGUCAAAAAUUAACGAGAACGAGGCGGUGAAGAAAGCCACCACGGCGGUUUCAAACGCGUUUAGCUUUUUGUCGCAGAAAGCGACCGCAAUUGUCUCCAAGGCGGUCGCCGAGAGCGAGAAGGAGAUGCCUUCUGCGAAAGCGGCGACGGCCAUGGAUGGGGUGGAUGGAGACGACUCGUCGCCGAAGAGUACCGUGCCAGAGGCGUAA